AUGGCUACCACCGAGGAGCUGCAAUUUCUUGAAACAAGAAAGAGGCUCAAACAACAAAUCCGAAAGCAAAGCUAUUCUCAUCAUCUCUCCAAACUUUCUGGUUCUGAUCAAAUUAGUUACGGUUCAUUUUUUGGCCCUUCUCAACCAACUAUCGCUCCAAGAGUAAUUCAAGAAAGCAACUUAUUCUCUGUACAAACCCAGAUUCCAGCACUUAGAGCAGUAAGUUCAGAUACUAUUGUUUCUACAAUGGAUAAGUGGAUGAAAGUCCAAAGGCUUCGAGAGACAAGAGACUACUCAUUCCUCUUCUCUGACAAUAAUAAUUUGACGCUACCAAUUAGGACUGCUGCCACUCCUGCACAAGUUGUAUCGGUGCCUUUGACAAAGCAGCACGCAGGUAGCGACAAUAAGAAGGGAUUAAAACAGUUGUCUGUGGCAUCAUCGAAGCCUCUGACAAACAAGCGAGUGAUCGAGAAAAUUCCAUCACAUGUGUCUUUGAAACAUCAUUGUACUGAGAAAAGAAGGCCCGUAGUCAAAGCAGUUCAUUCAACAAAGAAGUUGGCAGGUACCAACAAUAGCAAGGGAUUACAAAGACCCAAUGAUGCUGCAGUGAAGCCAAAUCAACCAGUGCAAUCAAUAUCGAAGCCAGUUGAGAUGACAAACAAGCGAGUACGCGAGAAAAUUUCAUCGGCCGUCUCUAACUCACAAGAUCAUCGUCCCAAGAAAAGAAGGCAUGUUGUCAAAUCACAUUGCUCGGAUGGUUACGAAGCUGAAAAGGCUCUUCUCAUGAUCAGAACAAUGUUUAACACUAAAAGGUUUGCUGGUCGUGACGAUAGUGAUAUUAAAAUGGAGGCAAGCUUUGGAGACAUAAUGAAGGAAGAGAAAAGAAGUGAAAGGCUUGGGAGGGAAGAAGAUCGAGAGCAACUACGCCUAUUAGAGGAAGAAGCAAAGCGUCAGCGGCUGAGGACUUAA